AUGGGAAACAAGAAAAAACAAAGCAGGAGAAAACCAGGAGCUCGCAAUUAUGCAGAUUACUCAAAGGAAAUGUUGGAAGUUGCUGCAGAUCUCGUGCGAAAUAAAGUAAUUUCUUCUUACGAAGCGGAAAAUCAGUUUGGGAUACCGCGUCGGACUAUUGUCAACAAAUCUAAAAAUAUUCACAACAAAUCAUUUGGUCGACCUACAGUGCUGUCAACUGAGGAAGAAGUCCACAUCGCAGAUGUAGUAAAUCUUUCAGCUGAAUUUGGUUGUCCUCUCACUCUUUUAGAUUUACGUAUUGUAGUAUACAACUACAUAUUGAAAAGCGGAAAAGAUCAUCUUUUUAAUGGAAAAAUGCCAGGGGAACGCUGGGCCCGUGCUUUCUUACAGCGACACAAUUUUUCGCAAAGGGCAACACAAAAUAUUAAAAAAAGCCGUGCUGCAAAAACAGUUGAGGAAAUUAAUGAAUUUUACAAGAAUCUUGAAACUUCUCUUAAAGACGUUCCCGCCAGCAAUAUUCUCAAUUUCGAUGAGACAAACUUAAGCGACGACCCCGGAUCUAAAAAAUGUAUUUUUAAAAGAGGGACUAAACACCCUGAAAGGGUCAUUAAUGCGAGCAAAAGUGCAGUAUCAAUAAUGUUCAGCGGAACUGCUGACGGAUAUUGCUUACCACCUUAUGUGGUUUACAAGGCCGAACAUUUGUGGACUAGGUGGUGCGAAAAUGGUCCAAAAAAUGCCCGGUAUAACCGAACCAAAUCUGGAUGGUUCGAUAUGAUGUGUUUUGAUGAUUGGUUUACGACUAUAGUUUUGCCAUGGGCUAGGUCCCGAGACGGUAUUAAACUAGUUAUUGGUGAUAACUUGGCAUCGCACCUAAGCGUUGAUACAAUUCAAUUAUGUCAAAGUGAAAACAUAAGAUUUGUUUUUCUUCCAAAAAAUGCGACACACCUGACUCAACCGCUAGAUGUUGCAUUUUUUGGACCUAUGAAACGACUUUGGCGUGAAAUUUUAACAAAUUAUAAAGCUACAUACAGCACUGUAAGCACAAUUAAUAAAUGUCAUUUCCCACAAUUACUGCAGGAGCUAAUGACUAAAAUAGAUAUGACAAAAGAGACCAACAUUUGUAAAGGAUUUGAAGGGUCUGGAAUAUUUUCUUUCAAUCCCUCAAGAGUGAUGUUAAAAAUACCAACAGUUCAAGAAGAAAAUACUCAACAGUUUGAUGUCAGCCUUCUGGAGUUCUUACAAAGAAACAGACGGUCGCAGCCAAUGAAAACAGGCCUAAACAGCAAACUUACUGUUGUACCUGGUAAAUCUAUAUCGACUGAAGAAGCAGAAGAGUUAGCAAAAGCUAAAAAGAUGAAGAAGGAUACAAAAAUAACUAAAAAAAGAGAGAAAAAUGAUUCAAUGGGAACCAAACCAGGACCAUCGAAAAUAACUACUGUCAAAAAGAAAAUAAAGUACGCUGAAACUCAAAACCCUGGAUUAAUUGAUACCUACGAGUUAGACAAAGGUGCUACCUUGGAAGAAAACUCGACACAGUUACAUAGUUCAUCGUCGAAGCUUAAAAAUCCUGAAAACCUACGUAGGCUUUGCAUAACUGCCAUAAACAUUUAUUUACACCCUUUAGCGGUAGAUUCAAAUGAAAUCGUGCAUUGUUUGAAGAAUUUGCCAAAAAAAUCCAAAAUGAAUACUCCAUUUUACGAAGACGCACCAGAAUGCCUGCAGCCAAAAGGAGUUAAUCCAGAACAAUUUAAAAACCCAAACCAGAAUAAGAAACCCAAGAUAAUAAUUACGUCUAAUAUAGUUAUAAAGGAAGCUUCCCCUGAAAAAGGAAUCGUUUUAAGAGAUAUAACAAAAACACAAAUAAAUAAAAGAAAAAGAAGACAAGCUGGUACUUCACAACGACAGUCAUUUACAAUUAAAAAAAAAAAGAAACUUAUUUACCAAAGUGACUCAAGCCUGACAUCGGAAACUUCUUUUCAUGCUGCAGACGACUCCGACUACGAAAAUUUUGAUAAUUACAUUGCGUCAUGUUUACAAGAACAAGAAGAACAGGAAAACAUUGAACAAGAAAACAGAUGCCCUUUCGGACUAAGUGAUAUUAAUUUUCAUGAGGAAGGUCCUAGACUUCAAGAAAAUAGCUGGAUAAUAGCUAAAUUCGCUUCGAAAAAAAGCGUUAAACAUUUUAUAGGCAAUGUUUUAUCAACAAAUUCCCACGGUGAAAUUUGUUCGAAAAGUCAAAAAUGCUAA